CUUCUCGGCCGGGGGUAGACCCACCGCAUCCUCCAAAUGGCCGGCGUGUCGAGCAACGGCAAUGCAAAGGCCCAUGAGAGGAAGCAUCCUUCGGCCCCUUCGCGGCAUGGCUUCUCUACCGUGACUUCGUCCUUCGCUCAUCAUGUCCACCCCUUCUUCUUCUUCAGUGACGCUGGAGGCUCUUGCUGCAAGUCUGGAAUACGACCUGGACAUCAGCCAAGUCUUGACAAGUGCUCGGUCUGAUGUUGCCAACAUCAUUCUAGUUGCUAUCAUCGUUCUCAUUGUCCCUAUUGCUUUAUGGAAGCAAUGGAGGGCGGGUACCCUGUGGAUCUGUCGGCUGGAGAGGACCAAGCGUGGAACAUACUUUGUGCUUCAUCCCCUGAAUUUUCUGCUGCCGCUUUUAGGCGUGAGCGCUAUUCUUGUCGUAUCGGCACUUGCCAUACUGCUGGCUCCCACGCCACCUCACCCUCAACUGCAGUACCGCCGCUACAUCGCCAUGCUCUAUGCAGCAUCGAUUAUGGUGCUAGUACUGGGCUCGGGCGUUGUCAUGGGCACUUUCGCUGCUUUACGCUUUCACGAGCGGCCGACUGGUAAAACGUCGCUCCUGAGGUCCUUUCUGUCCAGCGUAAUCGGUUGGCACAUUGCACACACUCCUGCGCUGGCGCUCAUAGCCACUGGAGUACCAAUCGUCGUGGUAAAUGACGUAUACCUGUCGCGGGCUUUCAGCAAGUUGGCACGGCUGCGACAGCUCGCUCAAGGAGCCCCGGCUAUGCCAGCGUCAGCCUCAGAGGUCGCUCUUGCUACAGCUGCAAGAGCAGACUUCUUCCGAGCCUAUGAAGCUUUUCGAGUCUACCUCUUCCUCUGGCCUGCCUAUUGUCUUGCAGGCUGUCUGGUUCUCGCGCCGCUCACCUACUACCUUGUCCGGUACUUGUGGCGACAGCUUCAGAGUACAAAGGCCGCAAAACAGACGGGCUCGGAGUCUAAAAGGACAAUCAGAUACUUGGAGCUGUCGAUCGGUAUCGUCGCUGGUGUCUACUUCCUCAUUCUGGCCACUUCCAUCAUCCUUUCGACUAUGGCUCUAUCCCAGGGUGUAACACUAAACAGGAUUCUCAGAGAAGGGGUCUCCCGCAUUCGUGAUGCCCAACAGGUGACGAUCACCGGCCUACCCUGGUUCUGCUGGGUGCUGGCUAUCGCUGGCCUAGGAGCAGGCACACUGACAAGCUCUCGGCUCCUAGCAGCAGUCUCAGCACACAAUGACCGGAUCAAGUCUGACCAUCAGGAGAUCAACGGGUGGAGCGCGCUAGCUUCAGCGAAGGCAAACGCUGCCAGCCCGAACGAGUCCGCUGCGUCGCCAGCGGUCAGUGCCGAUGGAAAAGAACUGGCUUAAUCUAUCGCGGGGACAGACCUUACCGCCGAACACAGCGGUCACAGCUCCAGCGAUGGCCACAACAAAAGUCUCUUUGUCCCUUUGGCGCCAGCAGAAGAGCACCUAGACACUCGUGCUCGAUGUGAGGGCCUUGAGGUCGGGGGGUCAGGCCCGAUCAUGCGCAAUGGCCCAAUAUAAGUAUUGCCCCCACAGGCAGCAAGUCUUGUACUGCAGGCGACGGUCGAUCGCCAACCCUGCAUCAUCAAGGGAUAAUUGUCUUGACAGUCUAACUUACGAUCGUGUCCUGAAGCGGAACGUUCCGGUCCUGGUGCUGGUCGUCCCUUUGUCGGCAGCAGUUCUUGAUGCAGGCUGCGCCGAGCGCUGCAGAGAAGAGAGUUGGACCUUUGGCGCACAUUGGGCCGAUCGUCUUCACCUUGUAUCGCUACCAUCAGAGUCUCAUCUAGCUUGCAUUGUGGCUAUGUGCCUUGUAAUAAUAUGUAUCAACAGUC